AGGUCGGGCCGCCUUCAUUGGCCAGAGCCCCGGCAGAGGGAGGCGCUGAUUGGCGGAGAGGGGAGUUACACGUGAACAGAUCCCCCCAGCUGAGAGGCACCUUCAAAAACUAUUAAGAGGAGCGAAUGAACAAUCGGGCUUUCAUUCUCACGCCGGCGUUUUGAUUCAGCUCGGGGGAGUGCAAACGGGAGACGUGAAAAGCGUUAGAAACCACGGUUUACAAAACUAGUUUCUGGGCUAGUGCUGUAAACAGUAAAAUGUUAAUCAUAUAAAUCCACUAAGUUAAAUUGCUGAACAGGCGUCUUUAUCAUACUUAUGGAGAACAGAGAGUUACUGUUCACGGAGACGCACAUGUCCUAGCCUCAUUCAAGAGUACCCUGCUUCCCUUCAGAAAUACCCGCAGCUAUGAGCGCCACAAGAGUUGUGUUUGGUGGCCCCCCGGUCUCCUCGCCGAUGACGCAGAGAGAGCUGACCAUGCGCCUCUGCCUGAGCCCUCCUCCUCCCCUCUGCUGCUUCCUGAGCUCCUACGAGGAGCUGCGUUCGGCGGGGGUCCCCUCUCUCAAGCCCCUGCGGCCGUGCCUAAUCCCCAAGGCCGGCAGCCAGCAGCCCGGGGAGUGGAUGGAGCCCCACAGCGGCAUCGGGGGCGACGGCACCAGCACCAAGAAGAAGCGCGUGGUCUUCGCUGACUCCAAGGGGCUGUCCCUGACGGCCGUGCGCUUCUUCUCCGAGCGCGAGGGCGGCUGCAUGGACCUGCGUCUGGAGCAGCAGAUCGGGCAGGCGAGGAGGAGGUGGAGGGGCAGGGCACAGAGCCCCGGGCUCCAGGAGCGCCAGGGAAGCAGGUUCAGUCUGGGGUUCCCUCAGCCCUCCGUCGACUACCUGGCCUUCCGCGACCAGCUCCAGCGCAACCUGGUGCGCCUGGAGAACUGCUCCGUCAACGAGCGCUCCCUCAGUGGCACCGUCCGGGUCAAGAACGUGGGCUUCCACAAGGAGGUCCGCGUCCGCAUCACCUUUGACUCCUGGCGCAGCCACCGGGACCUGCCCUGCUCCUACAUGCACCAGACCUACGGGGGGGCCGACAGCGACAGCUUCGCCUUCGACAUCCCCCUCCCUGAGCACCCGGACCCCCGGGAGCGCAUGGAGUUCUGCGUGUCCUUCUGCUCCGGCCCCCACACUGCGUGGGACAACAACGAGGGCAUGAACUUCAGGGUCUUCUGCACGGGAGACGAGCAGCCCACCGCCCCCUCUUUGCCUCCCCCUCCCCCUCCCCCUCCCCCGAGGCUGCCCUGCAAGCCCCUGGACAAGCUCUCCGAGCUGGAGCCCCUCUCCAGCCCCAGGGCUGCUGCGGAACUGUUUUUCUCUCGGUUCCAGAGCUGGGGGAGGCUUGAGAAGGUGGCACCGUACUGGUAGACGCAUGCAGGAAGAGCAUGUGGGUCUUCAUGAAGAAGGUUGCCUUACAAACCUGCCUUGUUUAGUUUCUUGUGCUGCUGUUAUACCUGGCUCCACCCACCCACUAAACACUGACAGUAUAUAUAUUUUUAAAGGAGUCUGUGGGGGAGGGUGUAGCAGAAGUCUUUGUAAUGUUGUACAUUUUAACAGAAGAUCAUCCUAUUGGGGUUUUAGUGUUCAUGCAGAUUUAUAUUGGGGGGGCUGUCUUAUUUUUUUUAUUUUCGAACUAUACAAGAAUGUACUAUAAAUGACGAAAACAGUAUACUGUAUUAAAAGUGUAAGUAGCGACUCCCAAAUUCUAGAAUGCCUUUUGUUGAGGCAAAUUGGCAUAUGUUAUUUAUAACCACUUUGCUGGCAAUUCCUGUACUUCAGCAACCCCCAGCUCUAGCAGUAUUGUUGAAUGGAUUGUGUGAGCAGGGGUCCUGUAAACCUUUCUUUUGUGUUAAAAUCUUCCAACUAUGGGAACAGGGCCUUUUUGACUUUUAAUUUAAAAAUAAAUAAAGUUUUGAAUACUUUUUUUUUUACUUUUAGGCCAGUGUGGAGAUUUGUGAAAUGAGAUUUUUAAAAAAAAAUACAUUAAAAAAAAAUAAAAAAUAAGCCUGCUGUGCAAUAACUAGGGGAUAAGUUGCAAUAUUGACAAUGUGUGUUAAUGAUUGUUUCACAUUUUACAGAAACUUUAUCAAUAAAUGUGUUGAAAAAUCCUAA